CGCAGGCAGCCCAACGGGGGGCUGCCUUGCGAAGCUGAGCGUGCCGGCGUGCGCCCCGCCUUGCGUUUACUGAGGGUUCCAGGGCACGCCUCGCAACGUCCGCUCCAUACGCCAUCGCUGCGGCGGCAGCCCAACCUGGCGAAGAGCAACAGUCCACGGAUCACAGUGGGGACGCCAGCUGUGCUAACGACGCUCGAUACGAGGUACCAUGGAGGUCACCAUCCACCACGAGUACCACGCCCCCGAGGCGCGCCUGCGCAAGAAGCUUGAGUUGGUCCAGACGGCGCUGCGUCUUGACCGCGACGUCCUGGACGAGAUGCGAAAUGAGUUAAGUGGCUUCCGGUCGGCGUUCGCGCGCACGAAGGCGCUCGCGCUCGAGCGGGCCGCUUCCCUCGAAGCGGAGAACGCGCAGCGGUUCGCGCUGAGCGAGGUCGCGGCCGCGGGUUCAAGAAGAGACGUCGAGAUUGUAAGAGCGGAGGCCGAAGCUGCCAGAGAUGCCGCAACAAAUGCGACGAAGGCCCGCGCCGCCGGCGAGGCGGCCUUUGCGGCGAUGCGAGCCGCGGCGCGCGCGCAAGCCGUUUCCGGCGCGGCGGACCUCGACGCGGCCCGCGCCGACGCGGACGAGGCCCACGCCUCGGCGCGCCAGGCGCGCGCCGACGCCGACGCGGCGGCCCGCCAGCGCGCCGAGGAGUCCGCGGCGGCGCGGCGCUACAACGACGUCGCCGCGGCCAAGGUCCGCGAAAUUGAACAGAGGGCCGAGGGCGCGGCGCGCGAGGCGGCGGCCCUGCGCGCGGCCGUGGCGGGCGCCGAGGCCCGCGCGUCCUCCGCCGAGAAUGAGCGACGGCGCGCCGUCGAGGACGCGGCGGAGGCGGUGCAAUUGAAGGCGCGCCUGGAGGACGCUAAAAAUGCCGCGGACGCAGCCUGUGGCGCCGCGGCCUCGUCGGCGAGCGCCGCCGCGGACGCUCACCGCGAAUCCGCGAGCGCCCUCGAGACGUCCAUCAAUGCGGAACUGCAAGCCGCCCGGGCGGCGCGGGACGCGGCCGAGGCCCGCGCGACGGAGGCCCUCGCGUCGGCGCACGCGUACGGCAAGCGCGCCGUCGACGCGGAGACAAGCGUAGCUGACGCGGUGCAGCGCGCUGCAGAAGCCGAGGCGCGCCUGAAGGCGCUCGAAGAGGCGAUGACUGGCAUGUCGGAGACGGGGCAGGCCGAGCUCGCGAAGCUCAAGAGCCGCUUGAACGACGAGCGCAAAAAAUCAAUGACCCUCGUGGCGGAGAACGACGCCGCGCGCGACGAGAACGAAAAGCUCGCGGAGGCGCUCGCAGCGACACAUGAGGAACGGCGCCAGGACGCCGUGAACCUCAAAAAAUUAGCGGAAGGGGUCGUCCAGGCGACCGCCGAGAAGGAGCGGUUGACCGAGCUGUUGAAGGUCGCGGCGGGCGAGCAAGCCAGACUCUCGAGCGAAAUGGAGGCGUUGCGGCGGGCGCCGCCGUUGCCGGCGCCGUCGUGCGACGAAAGUGCUUUGCGGGAGCAGAUCGCGAAUUUGGAGCGGCACGUCCAUAGGCAGGCGGAAGAAAGGGUCGAGCUGCUCGCGCGGCUCGAGGAGCGACGAGAGACGAUGCCACCACCGAUAAUGGCGAACGUCGGGAACCUCCCGGCGAUCUCCCAGUCGCUGCCCGAGGACCACGCGAUGAAGUUCAUCCAGCGCUCGCGGAAGGCGAAGGCGACGGCUCAAAGACGGCACCAGGCGCGACGGGUAUAA